AUGUCGCUUGGUGAAGUUGCGCUGUCUACUCUUCAGGCAACGGUCACGAUGGUCUUGAACAACAGAGACGAUAUGCCCUCUGCCACUACUAAAGCCAAGGGAAUGCCAUCUUUGGAUACCUCCACAACACAAGAUUUUACAACACCAUCUGUCACUGUCCCACCUAACCACAACAAUCCAUACAUCCACAGAACAAAUCACCCAUCGGGAACGGUCUUCAUCGCUGUGGGCUCGAUUGUGGGUUUUAUCCUCCUAGCCUUUUUGGCAUUCUACGUUGUCAAAUCGAUUCUUGCUUCGAGAUUGGCGAAAAAGAGUUUGCGCAACGAGAAGUCCAUGUACGAACGGUUCUCGAAGAAUAACUCGACGGCCUAUGGUGGUCUCAGCCCACUGCAUUCCAACUUUGUGGGUACCGAGUAUCAGGGUUCUGUGGCCAAGUUACCACUUUUAAAUGGCGGUGGCCAAAGAUCGAUCUUUGGUGGCUCUCAGGCAGAUACUUCCACGAUUUACAACGGAGAAGUGGCCGCUACAAGCAACCACGACUUUACACAGAUGUUCGUUUCGCCUACAAGACAAGUGAUGAAGACCAGUAAACAGAAAUCGCCAAACUGGAACGGAUCUGCAGCAAAUGUUUCUUUGUACGGGAAAUCAGCAACAACCAUGGCCAAUCCUUCGCCAGCGACCAACAGACACUCGCAAGUGGUGCCGCAGUUGUAUCUUAACGACAGACUAAAUAACAGUGAGGUUUUCUCGUCCACCUCUACAAACCAAAAAGCCGAAGAUGCUACAGGCAGUCCUCGCUCAAAACGGAAAACCGUGCCUAGUAUGUAUUUGGACGACUUGAUUGAUGGGUAA